AUGAAGCUCCUCUCUCUCGUUACUCUCCCUUUUGUUGCCGGAGCGCACACCGCCCUCGUCAUUCCUCAACUCCAGAUGCGAGGCGUUCCACGGCUAUUCACGGGCGCUCCGGAACCCAGCAACCUUCCUGUGGAGGUGCCCCAACUCGGCUCCACUCUCGGAGACGCUGAGAUUCUAGAAGACCUUUGCGAGAGCGGCGGAAAGAAUGCUAGCAUCGCUGUCAAGUACCUGGGGCCCGAUGGAAACAACACCACCCUAUAUAAUUUCGGCGAUUGCAUCCUGUACGAAAGGGAAGGCUACCGCUCUGGGGCGGCGAGAUUCUGCCAGACGUGCCUCAGCUACGGACAUCCGAGUCCUGAUUGCUCUGGGGGUUCUACUCUGACCCUUCCAAUCACGAAUCCCAAGGGCCUCGUGCUUCCCGACACCGACGGUGGCUUCAAGUUCCUCCAGCAGAGUGCGACUUAA